AUGGCGCUGGGCCGUCUUGUGCAGGGCCUGAAAUCGCCGUGGGCCGUCGGCUUCUCGACGUUUGGCCUCGCCUACGGCGUCUACAACAUUUGGGACUCGACGCAAUCGGGCACCAAGUACGAGCUGCACGAGGAGCUGACCGGCAAAACCUACAUCGUCACCGGGGCCACGUCGGGCAUCGGACUGGAAACGACGCGCGAGCUGGCGAAACGCGGGGCCCGCGUCGUGAUGGCCUGCCGAAAUCGGGAGAAAUGCGUGCAAGUGAGGCGGGAUGUCGUGCUCGAGACGCGCAAUAAACAGGUGUACUGCCGCCAGUGCGACCUCGAGGAUUUCGACUCGAUCCGCAACUUUGUCGCCAAACUCUCAAAAGGCAAAUUCGAGCUGGACCGCAUCGACGGCGUGCUGCACAACGCGGCCAUGAUGCAGACGCAGCGCGACAUCAACAAGGACGGCAUCGAGAAGACGCUGGCGACGAACCACAUGGGCUCCUUCUUGCUGACGGCCCUCCUCCUCGACAAGCUGCUCGCCCAGAAGCAGCCCGUCCGGCUCGUCUUUGUCAACUCCAACGUCAUCGACAGGAAUUUG